AUGUCUUGGCACAUCACGAAAAAAUUUGGUGAAAAAUUGUCUGAUAUAUAUUACAAGAAGUCAAAUUUCAAGAAAGAUAUGAAAGGUUGCAUUCGUUAUAUGUAUAAAGUGGAAGAUUUUGAGAAAAAUGGGAGUAUGAAUACUACAAGCCAUAGUGAAGAUUUUGUUCUCAAAGAUGAUCGAGCUUUAGCUUCUAUUUUGAAAAGGGAGAAUGAUGAGGACUUUGAAUCAGAGCACAAGUAUCGUAUUGUAAAUGAUGAUGCUUUACUUCUAAAGUAUGCAUCAAAAGUAUAUACUAGGAAUAUUUUUCAAAAGUUCAAAGAAGAAUGGAAGAAAGUCAAGGAUUAUAAGGUUGAAGACGUGAAUUAUGAUUUGGGGACUUACAUAGUAAAACAUCAAGAAAAAGCAGUUGAUAGGUUUCAAGUAAACUUUGAUUUGCAAAAUCAUGAAGGAAAAUGUGAAUGCCAACAUUUCAAGUUUGUUGGAAUAAUUUGUGGGCAUAUUCUCAAAGUUUUUAUUUGUAAAGAUGUUGGCACUGCCGAAACAAAUAAGGGAUACCAAUUAUUUAUCAAAGCCAUUAAAGAAGAAUUUGAGCAGAUUUAUAGCUUAAAUAUUAAAACAAGGACUCCUGUUGAUACUUCUCCAAAGGAAUUAAAUAUUUGUAAUGAGGAGAGUUCUCAAUUUGUGCUUUCAAAUCCCAAUGUUUCAAUCAUUUAA